AUCUCUUUCGUGCUCAUUAAUGCCUGUGUGACGUGUGUUUAUGACAAACAUCAGUGCACUGAAUGAGAGAAAUCAUCAGCACCUGCUUCAACAUGCCAGCAUCUUCACGGCUGCUGGACGGUCACGAACUGACGUCUCCGUAUAAGAGUCUACAUGACAGCUAUGUGUCCGAUCGCAGGGACUCCAAGUGUCCCGUCUCGGCUCUGCUGGCCGCUGGAUGUCUGCUGUUUUUGGGGAUUUUAUUGGCCGUGGCUGUAAUAGAGACGUUAAAGAAUGAGGAUCGGAUCCACGAGGCUCUGAAUCCUCCUCAGACACCGCCGUGCUGUAAUCAAAGCGGCCCCAUCGAGCAGAGCAGUAUUGUUCUGGUGGAGAGUUUUCCUCUGGGUGUGGAUUACGGGAGGAAGGUGAGCGCUGGAGUGGAUCUGUUUGAAGCCUGGAAGGAUCUUCUGUCUUCGGCCUCCGAACAGAUCGACGUGGCGUCCUUCUACUGGUGUCUGACCGGCGAAGACAUCAGCGUCAACUCCUCCAGCGACACACCGGGCAGAGAGAUUUUAGAAGAGUUCAAGGCUUUGCCGUCCAGGAACGUGUCUGUGCGCGUCGUCACCAGCAUCCCCACUUUAGCUCCCAAUUCAACCGACCUGAAAGCCCUCAAAGAACACGGAGUGCAGAUACGCCGCGUCAACUUCGGCCGUUUGACCAAAGGAAUCCUUCACUCCAAGUUCUGGAUCGUGGACGGGAAACACGUCUACAUCGGCAGCGCCAACAUGGACUGGAGAGCUUUAACGCAGGUCAAAGAGCUCGGUGUGGUCAUCUAUAACUCCAGCGCUCUGGCUGCUGACCUGCAGAAGAUCUUCCAGUCCUACUGGGUCACGGGUCGCUCCAACGCCUCCAUCCCGGAUCCCUGGCCUUCCGACUACGACACCGACAUCAACGAGGAGCGUCCGCUGCUGCUCAAUCUGAGCGGAGUGGAGAGCAGAGCUUACAUCACGAGAGUGUUUGUGAUUCCAGCCGGAAACCAGUCACACGUCCCUUAUUCCAGAAUCAACCACAACAAAUACCUGGUGACGGAUAAAGUGGCGUAUGUCGGCACGUCUAACUGGUCGGCCGACUACUUCAACACCACAGCCGGCGUGGCUUUGGUGCUUUCCCAGGACGCUUCGGGAAGCUCGUUCCAUCAGCAGCUGAGAGCCGUGUUUGACAGAGACUGGAGCUCUCGAUACUCUCAUCCGCUCGCUGACCUCCACCGAAUCCACGACUGCGCUUUCUCCACCUCUGCACCAUAGACACCUCACUCUCUCAGCGUGAAACCUGAAAUACUCAUAUAUCACGUGCAUGUUAAACAACUGUAACAAGUCUCUAAAUAAGAGAACUAUGUUAUAUGUAUAUGUAGCAAGGCUGCAUUUAACUUCUGUAUGGUUAAAGAAAAAAUGAGUCUCUUAUGCAGUACAGUUAAAUCAGUAAUGCAUUGGAUAGACAAUAGAGUAGAUGCAGCAUUUCAGUGCUUUAGCUUGAAUAUAUAUCAAAGUUAUUAGGACAGUUUUAUGACAGAUUUCCCUGCAUGUCAAGAGAUGUUGAAAUAUUCUGUCAAUUCUGCUCUAGAAUGUAUAAACGGAUGCUAUAUAGAUAUAUAUUUCACAAUCUUUUCUGUCAGUAUUUUUCUCCUCAAUCAUAACAUUUUAAAAAAGUUACAAUG